GAGCGCGGAUUGGCCAGCGAGCGGCAAAGCGCUUCGGUGUCUCAUUUUUGAUGCGCUCGCUGCGGACGGGACUCAUCUGUCUUUCUUGUGGCCGACACACCGCUGUACGGCGUGGGUUACAGCGCAGCUUCACAGCCGUUGAAAAACGCUCCACGGCGCCUCGUUUUGAACACCCGACAAGGCCCCAGACACCACCGCGAUGACGGAGGCGGAGGAGAAGAAGCAGCAGCAACAGCAGCAGCAGCAGCAGAAGAGGAAGAAGCAGGAAAAGGAACGGACAUCCAGUAAUGGAGCUCCGGAGGCCUGCAGGGAAGAUGUUUUCGACCACACGUACAAGGAGAAGGAAGGCCCCAAACCUCCGCUGCUCAUCGUGUGGAGGAACGUCAUCCUGAUGACUCUGCUGCACACAGGUGCCGCCUACGGAGUCCUCCUCAUCCCGGCAGCCUUGCCAGCCACCCUGCUCUGGUCCGUGCUUUGCUUUUUGGUAAGCGCUUUAGGAGUGACGGCGGGAGCUCACAGACUGUGGAGUCACAGGUCGUACAAAGCGUCGUUACCGUUGAGGAUCUUCCUGGCCGUGGCCAACUCUAUGGCCUUUCAGAAUGAUAUCUUCGAAUGGGCCCGGGACCACAGGGUGCACCACAAGUACUCCGAGACGGACGCCGACCCGCACAACGCCACGCGGGGCUUCUUCUUUGCCCACAUCGGUUGGCUGCUGGUGCGCAAACACCCCGACGUCAUUGAGAAGGGACGCAAGCUGGAACUUAACGACCUGCUGGCUGACAAAGUCGUCAUGUUUCAGAGGAAGCACUACAAGCUAUCGGUGCUGCUGAUGUGCUUCUUCGUCCCCAUGUUCGUGCCGUGGUACUUUUGGGGCGAGACCAUAUGGGUGGCGUACUUCAUCCCGGCGUUGCUGCGCUACACGCUGGUCCUCAACGCCACCUGGCUGGUCAACAGCGCCGCGCACAUGUGGGGCAACAGGCCAUACGAUAAGAGCAUCAACCCCCGGGAGAACAAGUUUGUCACGUUCAGUGCCAUAGGCGAAGGAUUUCACAACUACCACCACACGUUCCCGUACGACUACGCCACCAGCGAGUUCGGCUGCAAACUGAACAUCACCACCUGCUUCAUUGACUUCAUGUGCUUCUUGGGCUUGGCCAAGGACUGCAAGAGGGUGUCCCACGAGAUGGUCCUGGCCCGGAUACAGCGGACGGGUGAGAGUAGCUACCGCAGUGGCUAAGCGACUCGGGCUGCCGAGUCGGGCCUCUAGCGGCUGCAAACGGAAAAAAACCUCCACGAGUCUUUUUUUUGACGGUGAUUCCAUCUCAAAGUCAAGUCAGCUUCACGAGGGCCUCGACCACAUUUUCUGCUUGUUUUGUGUGGUUUUUGUAGCUUGUGACUAAUUUGUGAAGCCGGAUCAUUACAAUUAAAAAAAAAAUAAAAAAAAUUUAAAUAAAAUAAACCCCCAGCCUUUUUUAAAAAUCAGGCUUAGGUGUUGCAUAUGUUUUGAAUUUGAAGUGAAUUCAUAAAAAAAAAAAAAAAUGAGUCAUUGGUCAGCCAUGUUUCGUACUCUUUGCGAAAAAAGCUGAAAAAAGCUUUUAUCAUUUGUCGCAAAAAUAAGGACUCAUUCAGUUCAUCUAGUGCCAACUUUGUUAUUUUUACACAGUUGAUAGUUAGUGCUUUGUGGUCGUUUUUUUUUUUUUUUUUUUUUUUUUAAUUUUUACCGUGGCUUCGCUUCCUCUCAAGACUUUUUAUGCAACAUCUCGCCACUCGAUGUAGCAGCCGGGUCAUGUGACCGUGCCAUCCAUGCAUGAUGAUAGACGAUGUACGUGUUGUCAGCGAGCAAAGGUGAUGGUAGCGACUCAACCCCCCCUCGCCCCCCCCCCAGCUAUAUGAGCAUCAGGUUUGCGCAACGCUUCUAUGAUAUUAUUAUUUAUAUGUAUUGUUUUCCUGAGCGGCUAUUAAUAAAUAAGUGUCGGUCUGAUCGGACCCGCAAAAGCCUUCUAAACCUUUUUCGAAGCUUCUAUCUCAAAAUUAAUACCCCCCGCACACACACACACACACCCCCCUCAAGAUGUGUCAGGAAACUACCAAAUGCCUUAUGACUUGCAGCCAUUCUCACACUUAAUUCUACAAAAUAUCCAAAACAAAACGAGCUCCGUGUUUACAAGCUGAGGCGUCAGCAUCGUUGAUAUUUAUUUCUAAUUAAAAACGUGGUCAAACACUGAAAAAUGACAAGAGGUUCGUUCUACGGCAAAAAAUAAAAAAUAAAAAAAUACGCAAAAUGACCCACCUGACCUAAAACUUUAUGCUAACUUCUUAGCCGUGCGAACCUCUCCCCUGAAAAAAAUCAUCUUGGUUCUCGUAGAGACAAGAAGGAUCUAAAAGGUUGUAAAUGGUUGAAUUGUUUUGUCAACUGCUCAGUUCUAUAAAUAAAAGUUCACAAUAUUUUCAAA